AAGAAUUUAUGCAUAAAAUUAUUUUUUCCUAGGCUUUCUAAUUUUUGAAAUCUGUUAGUAGUAUAUCUAUCUCUACAAGAAUCAUCAAAAUGACCACUUAGCUGAUUUCAUAAAUAAUAUGUUUUUCAAAGAUUUUUCAAAAAUAAUAUGUUUUGCAAAAGUUUCAGUUAUCGUAGAUAUUUCCCAAUAUUGUCUCCACUUAUUGUAAGUACUUACAAUAGGGUAAUUGAAUUUGGGCACAGAAUUAUCUCAUUUUGAAUAAUCCCCCAUUUCCAGCAAUCAUGAGUAAAUCCAAAAGAUAUAAUAAGAUAUUUAACAAAAUUGUCAACAUCAAUGAAGAUUGUUCUGAGAAUACCUCCGGAGAAAAUCAGUAUGAAUUAGGCCAAUGCAAAGUUGACAGUGAAAGUGCUGAAUACAUUGGAAGCAGAAAGAUAGGAUAUUGGGAUAGUGAAGAGGAACACUUCCUGAAUGUGUGUCAUAACAUGAAAAGGGUGUGUAUUCUAUUUAGUUCUGUCUCCCAGGAUGAAAGGACAAGCAUUCCAAGCAUAUGGCAAAAUGUAAUAGGUGAAAUUGAAAGUGCAAUUAAUGGGACAUAGUGCAUAAAACUAAAAGCAAGGGAAUCUAGGAAUAGGAUGCCAAACAUACAGGAGUAUGAAUAGAAGAUAAUUAUAAACGUGUUCCAGAGACCAUUGCUUUUUACAAUAAAACAAAGUAUGCCGAGGAAUUAACUGGAGAAAACAAGGACAACAUUUGCCAAGGAACAGACGCUUCAUUCCUGUCACAUUCAACGUCAGAAUGUAUCCUUUUAACCGGUUGCUGAGAUGGCGCAUUAAUUGGGCAAUACAAAAUGAUUCGGAGAAGCACGCGGCGACAAAAGGGAAGAUAGCGCGAAGAGUAAUUGAAUACGAGUCGUAAACGGUGACCGAUGUAAUUCCGGUGGAGCAAUUAAAAGCUGGAGCGAGAUAGUUACUCCUAAGAGCCGGCGUUUUACGGGUUGAAAAGGGGAAGAAUUGUGAAUUAUACGAAGAUUACAGGAGAAAAGUGUGAUAAUCUCUGCAAAAUAUACAUGCACUUGUAUUGAAUACCACGUAAUUUCUGUAUAUCAGAGAAUUUUCUGACAAGUGAACAUAUUACGUGAAUUAUACGAAUGGUUCUGAUAUUUCAUUAACCUGUCACGAUUGUAACGAUUGAAAUGGUAAAAUUUGAAAUCAAUUGGAAGAUGUGUAUAGAAGUUACAAGAUAUAUGUACGUUUUAUUGAUGUUGCGAAUAAUUAAUUUACUGCUCAAAUACUUUGAUGAUCUUUGCAAAGUGUAUGUUUCCAAUAAAUGUCUUACAACUUGUACAAUUUGUACAUAUUUUCAGAUCAGUUUCAAAUUUUACCAAUAUAAUUACAACAGUCGUAGUGCUAAUGAAAUUUCGAAAUGUCUUGUAUAACAUGUACAUAAAAAGUUCCAGAGUGUUCGAAUACUUUCACAAAUCACUGUAUAUAUGUAAUCUUCCUAAGAGUUCAGACGCGGAUAGACAGAGGGAUUUUAUCUGUUUAAUGGACUCCCUGCUUACGGACAGCAAGACUUUUUUUGUUUCACGGACAGAGCGGCUUUCAUCGUUUUAUAAAGAGCCAUAUUGAGAGACGCGCAAUUCCCGAAGGGACGGACAGAGAGCAACAGCAAACAGAAGAAAGAAUCAUUAUUGAAAAACAUUGAGGAUUGACGUAGAAAGAUUGGUAGUUCAGGACGUUAAAAAUCGAUUCUCGAUUUUCAGACUUAAGAAUCGAUCCCUGAAUUAUCCGAGAAUUGAACAUUAUAAAUCGAUUUUCGCUACGCCAUGCCGCUGAAAGUUAACUUACGUAUCAUCAUGAACGAGAACGCGAAAGGGGAGAAGAUAGAUCGUAUAGAAACUAUAAGAAGACCAGAAGAUGAAGUAUGCUAUAUUUUCUUCCCGGAAUGUCAAGGAAAAAAUUACCAUCAACAGUUAUUCAGUUCGCCAACAGUGAAAAAGGCCGCAAACAGUCUAACCAAGACUUCAUAUUCCGAGACAUUUUCUUAGAGGAAGCAGAAAUUACCCCCACAAGAAAAAUAAAGACGGAAACCGAGAAACCCAGUCUGGACAUGGAAAGACUUCUAGAGACUCUCCAAAAACGAAAUAAGAGUAAAAUAGAAGAUAUGAACUUCAGUAUAAAACAAUUUGGUGGAACUCAUAAAGCCACAGACUGGAUAUCAGAGUAUGAAGAGGAGUGCAGAAAAUAUAAAAUAAAAAGUGAUGAGGAGAAAGUCAAAGGUUCGUUCAUUGAAUACGCCUCAGGGAAAGAACGAUUAAUAUUGGAAAUAAAGAGGAAAAUACCAGAGGACGAGAGGAUACACGUGGUUGUCAUUGGAUUAUCUAUCGAAAUCCAAGAUAAAAUCGAGAGAGAAAGUGUACAAUCAACAAAUGAUCUAAUACGAAUUUUGGGACAAUAUGAAGAUCAGAGAAAAAGGAAAGAAACACAAGGAAGAAAGAUAAACCUGGAUAAAAAGGCAAACCCACCAUUCAAGAAACAACCGUGCACGAUCUGUGAAGCACUAAACUUCCGAUUCCAUCCAGUGGGAUUAUGUAGAAAUAGAAACAGAAACGCUCAGAAGAAACCCAAACAAAUAAAUUCACUACAGCUAUUCACAUCUGAAAAUGAAAAAGCAGGAACACCGGAUGAGAAUAAAAAAAAUUAAAAUGCCCGGAGAAGUACAAAACAUUGAUAAAACUGUGAGUUAAG